AUGGAAGCUUACGUAGACGAUAUGUUGGUGAAGAGCAUGGAAGCAGGGCAACAUUGUAAAGAUCUGAGGGAAACGUUCGAGCUCCUCCGCCGGUACCACAUGAGGUUGAAUCCCACGAAGUGCGUGUUCGGCGUUUCUGCAGGUAAAUUCCUGGGCUUUAUGGUGACUCACAGAGGUAUAGAAGCCAAUCCAGAUAAAAUACGAGCGCUGCUGGAGAUGGAAGCUCCAAGGACAAAAAAGGAGAUACAACGACCGGAGAGUUCGGGAAGAAUGACGAGGUGGUCGAUAGAAUUAAGUGAAUUCGACAUACAGUAUCAACUGAGGCCCGCGGUCAAGGCUCAGGUACUUGCGAAUUUUACAGCAAAAAGGCUCCCCGAGUCAUCCACCAAGUCGGAGGAGUGGACAUUGCACGUUGAUGGGUCCUCUAAUGCUGCUGGAGGGGGAGCCGGAUUCAUACUUUCUGACCUGGAAGGCAAUGAAACUCUCUUCGCCCUAAAACUGGAGUUCACAGCAACCAACAACGAGGCGGAGUACGAAGCCCUUUUAGCCGGCCUGCGACUGCUGGUGGUAGAGCAACUCAAAGGAGAAUUCGAAGCUAGGGAUCCAAGAAUGAAGAAAUAUCUCUCCAAGGCAAGAGAGUACAUAGAGGCAUUCGUCCAGUUCGACAUAGAACACGUACCGAGAGCAGAGAAUAAAAAGGCGGACGCACUCGCGAAGUUAGCCUCAGCAACCGGUUCGGAAUGGAAAGACACUAUCUAUCUUGAACGCAUAGGGAAACCCUCGUACGAGGAGGACAGAAUCAACUCAGUGGCGUCCGUAUUCAGCAAGGACGAUUGGAGAGCGUCCUUAUUCCUAUACCUCCAGGACGGAUCCUUACCAGAAGAUAAUAAGGAGGCUCAAAAGGUGAGGAGGAAAGUGGCAAGAUAUACGUUGAUGGGCCGGGAGCUCUACAGGCGAUCCCUGACAUUGCCCUACCUUCGAUGUUUAAGUUAA